CUCUCCAAUUUGAGCUCCUCUUCAACAUAAGUACGUCCACCAGAGUGCGAGACACCGAUCAAUUCAGUAGCACUUUCAGAAUCCAGAUACACAUACACCAACUACCGGUGUCUAGCUAGCUUCCUUGCUUACUAGUUUGCUGCAUAUCUCCAUGGAGUGCCAGAACGGACACGUUGCUGCCACCAGCGAUGGCCUGUGCGUGGCGCAGCCGGCCCGGGCCGAUCCUCUGAACUGGGGGAAGGCAGCUGAGGAGCUGUCCGGGAGCCAUUUGGAUGCCGUGAAACGGAUGGUGGAGGAGUACCGCAGGCCCGUGGUGACCAUGGAGGGCGCCAGCCUGACCAUCGCCAUGGUUGCCGCGGUGGCUGCAGGCGCCAAGACCAGGGUAGAGCUUGACGAGUCCGCCCGCGGACGCGUCAAAGAGAGCAGCGACUGGGUAAUGAACAGCAUGGCCAACGGUACGGACAGCUACGGUGUCACCACCGGCUUCGGUGCCACCUCCCACCGGAGGACCAAGGAGGGCGGCGCUCUGCAGAGAGAGCUCAUCAGAUUCCUUAACGCGGGAGCCUUCGGCACCGGCAGCGAUGGCCACGUUCUGCCUGCUGCGACAACCAGGGCAGCCAUGCUUGUCCGUGUCAACACUCUGCUCCAAGGGUACUCUGGCAUCCGCUUUGAAAUCCUUGAGACAAUCGCCACCCUUCUCAACGCCAACGUGACACCAUGUCUCCCGCUCCGGGGGACCAUCACCGCAUCUGGUGACCUCGUCCCACUAUCCUACAUUGCGGGUCUUGUGACCGGCCGCCCGAACUCUGUAGCGACAGCUCCAGAUGGUAGCAAGGUUAACGCAGCAGAGGCAUUCAAGAUUGCCGGCAUCCACCAUGGCUUCUUCGAGCUGCAGCCCAAGGAAGGACUUGCCAUGGUCAACGGCACCGCCGUGGGUUCCGGGCUCGCAUCCAUGGUUCUCUUCGAAGCUAACAUCCUUGGUGUCCUUGCUGAGGUUCUUUCAGCCGUGUUCUGUGAGGUGAUGAAUGGCAAGCCAGAAUACACCGACCACCUCACACACAAGCUGAAGCACCACCCGGGCCAGAUCGAGGCCGCGGCCAUCAUGGAGCACAUCCUUGAAGGCAGCUCCUACAUGAUGCUCGCAAAGAAGCUCGGCGAGCUUGACCCGCUGAUGAAGCCGAAGCAAGAUAGGUAUGCACUCCGCACAUCACCGCAAUGGCUUGGCCCUCAGAUUGAGGUCAUCCGUGCCGCUACCAAGUCGAUUGAGCGCGAGAUCAACUCCGUCAACGACAACCCACUCAUCGACGUCUCCCGCGGCAAAGCAAUCCAUGGUGGCAACUUCCAGGGCACGCCCAUCGGUGUGUCGAUGGACAACACCAGGCUUGCCAUUGCUGCCAUCGGCAAGCUCAUGUUUGCCCAGUUCUCGGAGCUGGUGAACGAUUUCUACAACAACGGUUUGCCUUCCAAUCUCUCUGGUGGGCGCAACCCGAGCUUGGACUAUGGCUUCAAGGGUGCUGAGAUUGCUAUGGCCUCGUACUGCUCCGAGCUCCAGUUCUUGGGCAACCCUGUGACUAACCAUGUUCAGAGCGCCGAGCAGCACAACCAAGACGUCAACUCUCUCGGCCUCAUCUCUUCCAGGAAGACCGCUGAGGCGAUUGACAUUUUGAAGCUCAUGUCCUCGACAUUCAUGGUCGCCUUGUGCCAAGCUAUAGACCUCCGCCACAUCGAGGAGAAUGUCAAGAAUGCCGUCAAGAACUGUGUGAAGACGGUGGCUAGGAAGACCCUGAGCACCAAUGACAGUGGGCAUCUCCACAAUGCACGCUUCUGCGAGAAGGACCUGCUGCUGACGAUCGACCGUGAGGCGGUGUUCGCCUACGCAGACGACCCUUGCAGCGCCAACUACCCACUGAUGCAGAAGAUGCGUGCAGUUCUCGUGGAGCACGCCUUGGCCAAUGGUGAGGCCGAGCGGGAUGUGCAUACGUCAGUGUUCGCCAAGCUCGCCACAUUUGAGCAGGAGCUCCGUGCGGUGCUUCCAAGGGAGGUCGAGUCUGCCCGGUGCGCCGUGGAGAAUGGCACCGCCACGCAGCAGAACCGCAUCAGCGAAUGCCGGUCAUACCCGCUUUAUCGCUUCGUGCGCAAGGAGCUCGGGACUGAGUACUUGACGGGAGAGAAGACGAGGUCUCCUGGUGAAGAGGUGGACAAGGUGUUUGUUGCUAUGAACCAGGGUAAGCACAUCGACGCGCUGCUUGAGUGCCUCAAGGAGUGGAACGGUGAGCCCCUGCCUAUCUGCUGAAGAAUGGCUCAAGGAACUCAAGAAUAGAGUUCUUGAGAAUUCAGAUGGCGUCCAGCUCUCGUGUACUAUAUGAAAAUUUUAUUUCCGGAUAUAUGUUUGCAGCGUUCUUCCAGAGCUGCAGUGCCAGUUGGAAAAGAUAAUUGCAUGACUUGGUAGUGGUGUUUAGUCUAGAAAUUUUCUAUGAUGUUAGUUAGUAAAAGGGUACACUUUGUGAAAAAUAUACAUAAUUAUUGCAC